AGGGGUGGGGGCGGAGGCGCCUGGCAGCCGGGAUCCUGAUGAUGUGGGAGACACAGCUUUUCCCACAGAUGUGCACAGAUCAUCCCAUAGGGUCCCCCGAGCACCGCCAGGAGUAAUUCCUGAGUGCAGAGCCAGGAGGAACCCCUGAGCAUCGCCGGGUGUGACCCAAAAAGGAAAAACAAAAAAGAGAGAAAAGAGCCCCGCCCCUGCUCCAGGCGCGAGCAUGACCUGGGGACCCCCUCUCGGGUGCCUGCUCCUGGGGCUGCAGCUAGCCCUGCUCCCCGCCCGGGCCCGGGAGCUGGUGCUGGGGCGCGCGGGGCGACUCGGCAGAGCUGCCCUGCAGGGGCCCCGGGAGCGCCUCCUUCACCUGGAAGCUGCAGUCGCAGGACACGCCCAUCGCCAAGAACAAGGGGGACAUCCUCCUCCGAGGUUUGACAAGUAUGGGAAACCGUGUUGAUUCCAAACCAAGGGAGUGGAAACAGGGAUACUUUCCUUUGGUCAUCAGUAAACUCGAGCUAGAGGACUCAAACACGUACGACUGUGAGGUGAACGGCAAAAAACAGUCUGUGGAGCUACUGGUCUACAAAUUGACCGCCAGCCCCAAUACCCGCCGCCUACUUUCUGGGCAGAGCCUGAACCUGACCCUGCAGGGCCCCCCGGGGCAGGCCCCCUCGGUGCAGUGGCAGCGGCCGGGGUCCCAGAGCCCGCAGCCCGGGGGCCCGGCCCUCUCCGUGGCCCACGUGCAGCUCCAGGACAGCGGCACCUGGACCUGCACCGUCUCCCAGGCCCAGAAGAUGCUGAAGUUCCACGUCAACGUCCUGGUGCUAGGUUUCCAGCCAGGCCCGUCCACCUUGUACGCCCGCGAGAACCAGCUGGUGCUGUUGACCUUCCCCUUGAACUCCCAAGUUGAAGCUCUGACCGGGACGCUGAGCUGGCAGGGCUGGCGAGACCCCCCGCCCCCCCAGCGCUGGGCCAACUUUUCCCGGAAGGAGACGAAGAUGUCUUUCGAGCAGGUGUCCAAGGAGCCCCAGCUCCUGAUGCAGGAGAAGCUCCCUCUGAACUUCACCCUGCCCCGCGCACUGCCCCGCUACGCCGGCACCUUCCGCCUGGACCUGCAGCUCCUCAGCGGGCGGCUGAGUCGGGAAGUGAAGCUGGUGGUGAUGCGAGUGGCUACGACCCAGCACAACGUGACCUGUGAGGUGAGGGGACCUGACUCCGCAUCCCUGAUGCUGACACUGAGGUGGAGGAACCAGACGAAGGCCUCAGGCCAGCAGGGGCUGGUGAAGGUGCAGAACCCUGAGGCGGGCACCUGGCAGUGUGAGCUGGUGGGCAACGCCGGGCUGCUGCUGACGUCAGCGGUGGAAGUCUCCCCUGUAGCCUUGCGGACCUCGCCCAUGAACCUGGCCCUGUUCGUGGGGGGCGCCGUGGGCUUCCUGCUUCUCACUGGCUUCUGCAUCUUCUGCUGUGUCUGGUGGCAGCACCGCAGGCGCCAGACCCAGAGGAUGUCUCAGAUCAAGAGACUCCUCAGCGAGAGGAAAACCUGCCAGUGCUCCCACCGGCUUCAGAAAGCACGAGGUUUCCUUUGAGUCACCGGGCCAGGGAACGCAGCCCACUCACGCCGCCGCCUCCCAGCUGUCCCCCCAGCCUUCCCGGCUUGGGCGCCUGGGCCUGUGGACCAGAUGAAUGUAGCAGCCACCCUCGCUCUCCUUGUCCAUCCGGCGUCUUGGGCUCUCCUCUCCCGGGGAGCACUCUUUCGGGGAGCACUCUCCCGCGGAACACUCCCCCGUGGAGCACUCACCUGGAGAGCCUCCCCCCUGCCUUUUCCGCUCAAGUCCAAGCCAAGCCUUCUUUGGCUCUUUCUCCUCUCCCACUGCCCAGGGGACCCAGGGGCGGGCAGAGGGUGGAAGGGGGGCAGGACCAGCCCUGCUUGUGUGGGGGGUGAGGCUGGCUGCCUGGAAGCAUGGAGUACGGGACUGUGCCUUUAAGGGAGAGGGCCCAUGGACCAGAGAGGGCAAGAACCAGCCUGAGAUCACACAGCCAACCAAGGAGCAGCUAUGGAGGUUCCUGCCAGCCUUCGUUGAGCCACGCCCCCUGCUGCACGACCUGCCUUGGGGCCACAGAUGCCAGCGGGCAACCCCCUGUGUCCACAUCUGGCUACACAGCCCUCAUAGCCUCCUUUUUCUGUUGGAACCUGAUGAACAUCCCAGGAAUCAGGGCUGGGAGCUAUGAAUGAGGGGCACGGGGCGCAGGGCUGGGGCGGUGAGGGGCCGGCUGAGGUCUGCACCCACCCAUGUCCCUUGCAAACGGUCCCGUGGCUGGUUCCCGAGCUCAGGGACAAAUACCAUGCAGUUCUCUGCAGCCGGCGACCACAGAGGCCCCGUAUGUGGUCUUGAAUUCUCCCUCUGGCAUCCCCUCCCCCAUGCCAGCUCCAGAGUCUCAAAGCUUGGGGAGAGCCCCCCCACCCCAAAGUCCUCCUUCAUCUGGCGCUGACCGCAGAGGCCUGUCCCUACACAACCAACACCGUGCCUUUGCUUCAUGCCGGUUCUCCGUGCAAGUCGGGAGCACGGGUGCUGGGGAGAGAACGCCCAGUGGCCACUCACUCCCCCUGUGUAGAACCUUCUGGAAGGUGAGCUUUGCCAAGGGGCGGGGGUGGGGAGCUAGCCCGAGAGCCAACCUUCCGAAGGCUCCCUCCUGCCCCACACCCGCUGCCAUGGCUGAUAAACCACACAGGCCACAGGAACGCGGGGUCCUGGUGUUCCGCUUCUGUCGGAGGUCUCUAACCUCUGCCAUUGCCUUCCCUGCCCUGAGCCCCUGUGCCAGCGGGGCCUAGUUUCUCCCGGCUUUUCUCCCCAAGAGACAACCGCCAGGCUCCCCGCGGCUAGCUUA